AUGUUACACUUACAACCACACAAUUUACUUAUCCAAAAGACCUUGACUGAGGCCAUUGAAGCGGUUAACAAUGGUACUCCAUUAACGUUAGAUAGAAUUGUCUCCGAUUUUGAUUACACAACAUUCCAUAUUUCUAACUCAGAUGAAGAGAAGAGUACUUUGCUUUUAAGUGUCAAAACCAAGGCGUGGGCGAGUGUCGUAAAUUGUGGGGAUUUACUUUCAUAUCUUCAGUCAUCUUUCACAAAGUUCAAUGGUAUCGAAAUUCCAUCAAAUUUUGAAAAUGGCUACAAUUAUACUUUAGCACUCGAUCUUAAGCAAUUAGAUCAAGAAUCUGUGGUUCAAGCAUCAUUACUAAAAACCAUGAUCAUGAGUUUCCCAUUCAAUUUAUCAUUCGAAGAAUUCAACAAAUUGAGUUCUCAACCUGCUCCAACGACAGAAUACGAACUAAAUAAUAUUAACAACAACGCUCCAGUUUUCAAGAUUGAGUACAGAGAUGAUGAGAAUAUCUUUAUCAAACCUUCGUUCGAUCGUAUUACUGUCAUUUUUGAGACCAUUUUCCAAGAUGAGACAGAUAAGAUCCUCGGUAAAGUGUUCUUGCAAGAAUUUGUAGACGCCAGAAAGAGGAACCGUGGUAUUCAGUCUGCUCCACAAGUUCUUUUCUCACAUGAACCGCCUUUAGAAUUAAGAAACUUGAGUGAAUACUCGAAUUAUACUGAUAUCAGCUCUAGUAAAAGAUUCAUUACUUUUGUAUUAUUUCCACGUCAUUUUGCAAAUGAUGAAUUGAAAUUCAAAUCAGUUGUCCAAUUGACUCUAUUCAGAAGCUAUUUCCAUUAUCACAUCAAGUGUUCAAAAGCUUAUUUGCAUUCCAGAAUGAGAUAUAGAGUUGAUACAUUUGUUAAAGUUUUGAACAGAGCGAAAGUUGAUGAGGAAGAAGAUUCAAAGGAUGCUGACAGUGAACAACAUGUCAGGAGAACGAUCACAGGAAGAAAAGUUGUUUAUUAG